GCGACCCGGAAGUGUUCUCAUUUUGCGUCGUCGGGGCUCGGCGGCGGCCGGGCUCGGGGCGGACGUACCACCAUGGGGUCGUCAAAGAAGCACCGCGGGGAGAAGGAGGCGUCCGGGACGACGGCGGCGGCCAGCACUGGAGGCGCCACCGAGCAGCCGCCGCGGCACCGGGAGCACAAAAAACACAAGCACCGGAGCGGCGGCGGCGGCAGCAGCGGCGGCGAACGUCGAAAGCGGAGCCGGGAGCGUGGGGGCGAGCGCGGGGGCGGGCGGCGCGGGGCCGAAGCUGAGGCCCGCAGCGGCGCGCACGGGCGGGAGCGCAGCCAAGCAGAACCUUCUGAGCGGCGCGUGAAGAGAGAGAAGCGCGAUGACGGCUACGAGGCCGCCACCAGCUCCAGACCCAGCUCGGGAGAUGCCUCGUCUCUCAGCAUCGAGGAGACCAAUAAACUCCGGGCAAAGUUGGGGCUGAAACCCUUGGAGGUCAAUGCCGUCAAGAAGGAGGCGGGCACCAAGGAGGAGCCCGUGGCAGCCGAUGUCAUCAACCCCAUGGCCUUGAGACAGCGAGAAGAGCUACGGGAAAAGCUGGCGGCCGCCAAAGAAAAGCGUCUCCUGAACCAAAAGCUGGGAAAGAUAAAGACACUGGGGGAGGACGAUCCCUGGCUGGAUGACACCGCAGCCUGGAUCGAGCGGAGCCGGCAGCUGCAGAAGGAGAAGGACUUGGCAGAGAAGAGGGCCAAACUGCUGGAGGAGAUGGACCAGGAGUUCGGUGUCAGCACCCUGGUGGAGGAGGAGUUUGGGCAGAGGCGGCAGGACCUGUACAGUGCCCGGGACCUACAGGGCCUCACCGUGGAACAUGCUAUCGAUUCCUUCCGAGAAGGGGAGACUCUGAUCCUCACCCUCAAGGACAAAGGUGUGCUGCAGGAGGAGGAGGAUGUGCUGGUGAACGUGAACCUCUUAGACAAGGAGCGGGCAGAGAAGAACGUGGAGCUGCGGAAGAAGAAGCCUGACUACCUGCCGUACGCAGAGGACGAGAGCGUGGAUGACUUGGCACAGCAAAAACCCCGCUCUAUCCUGUCCAAGUAUGACGAGGAGCUUGAGGGUGAGCGGCCACACUCGUUCCGCUUGGAGCAGGGCGGCACUGCUGAUGGCCUGCGGGAGCGGGAGCUGGAGGAGAUCCGGGCCAAGUUGCGGCUGCAGGCCCAGUCCCUGAGCACCGUGGGGCCCCGGCUGGCCUCCGAGUACCUCACACCUGAGGAGAUGGUGAUCUUUAAAAAGACCAAACGGAGAGUGAAAAAGAUCCGCAAGAAAGAGAAGGAGGUGGUCGUGCGGGCCGAUGACUUGCUGCCUCUGGGAGACCAGACUCAGGAUGGGGACUUCGGUUCCAGACUGCGGGGCCGAGGCCGGCGCCGAGUGCCCGAGGCAGAUGAGGAGGCCCCGAGGAAGAGGAGAAGGAGCCGGCCUCUCAGCCCCCGCAGUCCGAUGACACCCGCGUGGAGAACAUGGACAUCAGUGAUGACGAGGAGGCUGGAGCUCCGCAGUCCGGGUCCCCGGAGGUACUGGAGGAGGAUGAGGCGGAGCUGGAGCUGCAGAAGCAGCUGGAGAAGGGGCGUCGCCUGCGGCAGCUGCAGCAACUGCGAGACAGCGGUGAGAAGCUGCUCCCUCCCCCAGGUGGUGGAGAUUGUGAAGAAGCUGGAGUCCCGCCAGCGGGGCUGGGAGGAGGACGAGGACCCGGAGCGGAAGGGGGCCAUCGUGUUCAAUGCCACGUCGGAGUUCUGCCGCACCUUGGGCGAGAUCCCCACCUACGGGCUGGCGGGCAACCGGGAGGAGCAGGAGGAGCUCAUGGACUUUGAACGGGACGAGGAGCGCUCCGCCAACGGGGGCUCGGAGUCGGACGGGGAGGAGAACAUCGGCUGGAGCACCGUCAACCUAGACGAGGAGAAGCAGCAGCAGGAUUUCUCUGCCUCGUCCACCACCAUCCUGGACGAGGAGCCCAUCGUGAACAGAGGGCUGGCGGCCGCCCUGCUGCUGUGUCAGAACAAAGGGCUGCUGGAGACCACGGUGCAGAAGGUGGCCCGGGUAAAGGCACCAAACAAGUCCCUGCCGUCGGCCGUGUACUGCAUCGAGGACAAGAUGGCCAUCGACGACAAGUAUAGCCGGCGGGAGGAGUACCGCGGCUUCACCCAGGACUUCAAGGAGAAGGACGGGUACAAGCCCGACGUGAAGAUUGAGUACGUGGACGAGACAGGCCGGAAGCUCACACCCAAGGAGGCUUUCCGGCAGCUGUCCCACCGCUUCCACGGGAAAGGCUCGGGCAAGAUGAAGACAGAGCGGCGGAUGAAGAAGCUGGACGAGGAGGCGCUCCUGAAGAAGAUGAGCUCCAGCGACACCCCCCUGGGCACAGUGGCUUUGCUCCAGGAGAAGCAGAAGGCCCAGAAGACACCGUAUAUCGUGCUCAGUGGCAGCGGCAAGAGCAUGAACGCGAACACCAUCACCAAGUGAAGCCGAUCUUCCUUCUGAUCCCCUCCCUGACUUUAAUAUUAAAUAAAGUUCCCUCCUUAUUUUUUC